AUGACAACCGCAAAUCCACAACAGCGACAAUUCACGUUGUUCCACAAGUUCAACAUUGAAGUUCGACCAUCCGAUUUGGAACAACGAAAUGACCGAACUCGACCAAUGGCGUGUCCAUUUGAAGAAAUUGCCGAAUCAGAGGAGGAGGAUAUGCAGCUCUCAGAGCUAACUUCGCCCGACGGUCGAUCACCAUUUGCCGUCACUUUUGAAUCUCCCUUUGCCGAACGACGCGGAUCACCCCGUAUCUUGAGUUCGACCUGUGCGAGACAACCGACCGUAGCCAGUCUAUGUCUCGGGUUUUCGAAUCCAAAUUUACGAUGUCGACAAGCACCAACCAUCUUUGGAUCAUUCAGUUCGGAACGCCACGAUUCUGGACAUUUCUUUACCCUUCCGCCAAUUCCUGAGACAGCCUCAUCGUAA